AUGCUGACUUAUGCCAAGUAUAAGUCCGGCUAUCAAAAGUCGUCGGUACCCGUGGACAACGAACUCCAACUUCGCACCUCCGCAACUUCUCGGACCUCCUCACAACCUCCACCAAGGCCUCUGCAACCAUCAGUAUACCUAUCAUACAAGUCAAACAUGUCACUCCGACGCUCAGUCAGACUAGGCUCUACCCCAACCCUCAACUCACAAAUACCAGUCCUACAAAGUACAGCGCCAACCAAGACAUCCCGAGUCCAACAUAGCGCAAUAUCCAAACCCCGCAAGACACCCAAGAAACCAACACCAAAACCACAAACAAAAUCCACAUCCUCAUACUGGUCCCCAGAACCAGCACCAACCACGACUAACCCCCAGACAACAAGACCGCAAACACCACCCCUCGACCGCCCCGUCGACCCGCACCGAACAAACGCAACCCUCCGCACCCCCCACGGCACUGCCGUAACCGCCUACCCAGCGCACGCAGAAGAUGCCUCGCCCAGCAAGACAGGUCUCCCCAGACCCAUCGCAACAACAGGUACACUCCUCGACCAAGCAACGGCACACCUCAUAGCUACAGAUCCACGCCUCGCACCCGUCAUAGCGCAACACCCCUGCCCGCUUUUCUCGCCAGCAGGUCUGACAGAAGAGAUUGAUCCGUUCAAUAGUCUGACAAGCAGUAUAAUUGGUCAGCAAGUCUCCGGUGCAGCAGCGAACUCUAUUCGGAAUAAGUUCCUCGCGUUGUUUGAUUUGAUUGUUGGUGAGAAGGGCGGUGAUGGGGGGUGGCAUGCUACAUUCCCGACGCCUGAGCAAGUUGUUAAGGUUGAUAUACCGACCUUGAGGACGGCGGGCUUGUCGCAGCGAAAGGCGGAGUAUAUCCUUGGGUUGGCGGAGAAGUUUGUUAGUGGGGAGCUUGGGGCUAGGAUGUUGGCGAGGGCUUCUGAUGAAGAGCUAUUUGAGAAGCUUAUUGCUGUUAGGGGGCUUGGGAAGUGGUCUGUUGAGAUGUUUGCUUGCUUUGCGCUUAAGCGCAUUGAUGUCUUUUCGACUGGGGAUUUGGGGGUUCAACGGGGAUGUGCUGCCUUUGUUGGACGAGAUGUCAAUAAAAUCAAGGGCAAGGGUGGUGGUAAGUUCAAGUAUAUGUCUGAGACAGAGAUGUUGGAGCUCGCGACUAAGUUUGCGCCGUAUCGAAGUCUGUUUAUGUGGUAUAUGUGGCGGAUUGAGAAUGUUAAUGUGGCUGUUCUUGGGGGUUGA